AUUUAAUGGGUGCUGACACUGAGGAUUAUCCCAGUCAGUCAUGGGUCGUCCUGGGAUUCAGACGUGGACAUGGACACUCUGUGUCUUUUUGAGCUGGAUGUGUGUGGGUCAAGUGUUGACAAAACCGCAGUAUAUGGUCGCCAUUCCUGCGGUUCUCGAAGCUGGAGCUGAAACCAAAUUCUGUGCGAGUCUAAUGCAGCCCAACGAGAAUCUGCUCAUGACCGUCACUCUGAUCUCCCAAGAGGGGAACACAACCCUCUUCCAGAAGGCAUCCAGUGAAGCGUUUCAUACCUGCACUCCUUUCAAGGUUCCUUUAGUGCAGAAUGAAGAGGUGCAAAAGUUUCAGGUGGAGGUAAAAGGCGACAGAUUUUACUCAAAUGACAUCAGGAAAGUCAUGACCAAAGUCUAUAAACCAAUGACAUUCAUCCAAACAGAUAAACCAAUCUACCUCCCUGGACAAACAGUGCAUUUCAGAGUCAUUACGCUGGACUCCAGGCUGAGACCUGCCAGUGAACUGUACAAUAUAAUCGAAAUUGAGGAUCCUUCUGAUAACCGGAUUGGACAGUGGCUGAAUGAAACGUCCAAUGGUAAAAUAUUGCAGCACUCUUUCUCCUUGAACUCUGAGGCCCGUGAAGGAAUGUACCAAGUUGUUGUGUCCAUUGGUGAGAGGAAGAUAUAUCACAACUUCAAGGUGGAGAAGUAUGUUUUGCCUAAGUUUGAUGUGGAAGUAAAUGUACCUUCUGCUGUGAGUAUUGAGCAGGAAGAAAUCAAAGCUGAAGUAUGUGCAACAUAUACAUAUGGCCAGUCUGUGCCAGGCAGUGUUCAAGCCAAGGUGUGCCGACCUUUGAAUCGCUAUCUUUAUAGUGACUUUAUAGCGAGCCCUGAAGAUGAAGAUAGAGACCCUGACAUAAAGGCCCCAUGCCACGAGCAGACAAAGCAGACCGACAACAAAGGCUGCGCCACCUUUACCUUCAAUAUGUCAGACUUCACCAAACUUGACCAAAAGAUACUGCAAGAUCAGCUGGACCUCACUGUCAUACUGGAAGAGGAAGGAACAGGUGUUUUACAUCAACAAGAGAGGAGAAUGACAAUUUCAUAUGCCAUUGGAAAGCUGUCCUUUACUGACACACCUAAGGUUUACCACCAAGGAUCAAAUGUGGAGGGAAAAGUGAAAGCAGUUCGCUAUGAUGAUACACCCAUUCCUAACAUGCCGGUCUACCUGUUGAAGGGUGAAAGGUGGUCGCCCCAUCUGCUCCUGAAUCUCACCACUGACAGCGACGGCAUUGCCACGUUCACACUUAGCACAGCUGACUUUGAUGGGGACAUCCAACUUCACGUUAGCGAUAAAGCGUCACUGGAGUACAGUGGUUAUAGAGCUCCGUUCUAUGAGACUGCAUUUCACAUACUGUCUGCGGCCCAGCGUUUCACUCCUCUUAGUAAAUCAGUCAGCUCUCUGGAGGUGAAGAGGAAAGAUAAGCCACUUCACUGCCGCACAGAAGAGGACAUCUCCAUCGAAUACACUAUAGUUGGGGAGAAACAGGACUCUGUGGAUGUGAUAUAUCUGGUCUUAUCCAGAGGAGCCAUUGUCAUGCAAGGACUUAAACAGGUUGAAGUGCAAGAUACAUCAGUGACUGAGGGCGAGUUGUCUUUUAAGCUGAACGUGGAACCGGAAAUGUCACCGGAGAUCCAGGUCUUAGCUUACGCCGUCCUCCCCAGUGAGACUGUGGUCGCACACAGUGCUGAGUUCUCCACAGAGGAAUGCUUCAGCCACAAGGUGUCGCUGGAGUUUUCUCCGUCCUCAGCUGUCCCAGGAGAAGAGACCACCAUGCAGGUAACGGCCCAUCCUGACUCUCUGUGUGGAGUGAGCGCUGUCGACCAGAGCGUCCUGAUCAAAGAGCCAGGGAAGACUCUGGAUGCAGAAAAGAUAUUUCACUUGUUGCCUGUCAGGAAAUCACUUUAUAUCCCUUAUGAGGUUGAAGAUUCUGUAGAAUGCAUGCAUGUGAGACCAAGAAGAUACGUUUUGCCAUAUCCUAGACCAGUCGAGGAGGAGGAUGCUCAAACCGUUUUCCGGAAUGUAGGACUGAAGAUGGCAACAAACUUGGUUAUCCGAGUGCCUCCAUGCCUCAAAUACAAAGGAAGAGAAUACCACUAUGGCCACCACUAUGGUGUUAGAUAUAGCGUUCCUGGGGCUGCUAGAGUAGUGGAAGGUGCACCUGGUCCUGUUCGGGCAGUCGCUUAUGAUGCAGCGCCACCUCCUCCAAUAGAGACAGUCCGCACUUUCUUUCCUGAGACUUGGAUAUGGGACCUGGUGGAAGUUGGGGAGUCUGGAACAAAAGAUGUGUCCCUCACUGUCCCAGACACCAUCACCACCUGGGAGACGGAGGCUUUCUGUUUGUCCCCUCAGGGUUUCGGCUUGGCUCCUCGUCAAAAUAUCACUGUCUUCCAGCCCUUCUUCCUGGAGCUCACCCUGCCCUACUCCAUCAUCCGGGGCGAGCACUUUGAACUGAAGGCAACCGUCUUCAACUACCUGACCAAAUGCAUCAUGGUCAGUGUGACUCCAGCACCCUCCUUAGAUUACACCCUCACCCCCCUGUCUGGUGACCAGUACACAUCCUGUUUGUGUGGCAACGAGCGCAAGACCCUCAGCUGGACAAUGGCCCCCUCAGUCUUAGGGGCUGUGAAUGUGUCUGUGACUGCUGAGGCGAUAUCAUCCCAGAUUUCAUGUGAAAAUGAAAUUGUGAACGUGCCAGACAGAGGCCGUAUCGACGUGGUCACAAAAUCUGUCAUUGUAAAGGCUGAGGGAACUGAGAUGGCAAAGACCUAUAACUGGCUGCUCUGCCCAAAAGGAGAGGCUCUGACUGAGGAAAUAGACAUACAGCUUCCUGAGAAUGUGAUUGAUGGAUCUGCCCGUGCUUCGCUAUCAGUCCUGGGUGACAUCCUGGGACGAGCCCUGAAAAACCUGAAUGGGCUGCUACGGAUGCCAUAUGGAUGUGGGGAGCAGAACAUGGCGCUCCUGGCCCCCAACAUCUACAUCCUCCAGUACCUGAAAAACACACAGCAGCUGACCCCAGCCAUCUUGGAAAAGGCUACCAACUUCCUGACCAGUGGCUACCAGAGACAGCUGAACUACAAACACCGGGAUGGUGCUUACAGCACAUUUGGAUCAGGGGAGGGGAACACUUGGCUGACGGCUUUUGUAGUGAGAUCUUUUGCCAAAGCACAGUCGUUCAUCUACAUCGACCCGAAAAAUAUUGAAGAGUCCAAGACUUGGCUCCAGAGUAAACAACAAGAAAAUGGCUGCUUCCAACAGUCAGGAAAACUUUUUAACAACAGAAUGAAGGGUGGUGUGUCUGAUGAAGUGACUCUCACUGCUUAUAUCACUGCUGCCUUCUUGGAGAUGAAUAACUCUGUUGAUGAUCCUGCAGUGAAGAAGAGCCUCUCUUGCCUUAAAGAGUCCAUCAGUGACCUCAGCAACACCUACACUACAGCUCUGCUGGCGUACGUCUUCACCCUGGCAGGAGACUCAGAGACCCGUGCUCACCUUCUGCAGCACCUGGACACAGUCGCAUUAAAACAAGGGGGUUUCCUCCAGUGGUCUCAGACAGCAACAGAAACUUCAGCCUCUCUGUCUGUGGAGAUCAGCUCCUAUGUGCUGCUGGCCAGACUCAGUGCGUCUCCCACGACCGAAGACCUGGGCUACACCACUCGCAUCGUCAGAUGGCUGACGAGCCAGCAGAACUAUUAUGGAGGCUUCUCCUCCACACAGGACACAGUGGUGGCUCUUCAGGCUCUGGCUCUUUACUCCACUCUGGUGUUCAGUCCAGACGGUUCAAGCACAGUGACGGUCCAGUCCCCCAGUGGCCAGCUGACAUUUGAUGUGAACCAGGACAACAAACUGCUCUACCAGGAGAAGACGCUGCAGGACACGUCAGGAAAGUACAGCCUGGAGGUGAAGGGCACUGCAUGUGCUUCAAUGCAGAUUUCCCUUCACUACAACAUCCCAACUCCUACUGAUGAAACUUCCUUCAGUGUCAACGUCACACCAGAGGCCGUCUGCACCAAGACACCUCACAGACCCAAACUCAUUCUGAAGCUAGAGACUCUAUAUCGUGGAAACGAGAACACUACAAACAUGGUGAUCCUGGAGAUCAAAAUGCUUUCUGGUUUUGUCCCAGACCAAGAGUCUUUGAAGCAGCUCAGAGGUGCUCUGCUGGUGGAUCGUGUUGAACAAAAGGAGGAUCAGGUUCUGGUGUACCUACAGGAGUUACAAAAGGACGUGGUUGUCAACCACAGCUUAGAGCUCGUACAGGAGCUGCCAGUGCAGAACCUGAAGCCAGCCGUGGUCAAGAUCUACGACUACUACCAGCCAAGUGACCAGGCUGAGACAGAAUAUGUCUUCCCUUGUGUUGCAGCUUGAAGAGAGACGUGUGGUCUGUCCUCUGGUUUUCACGGUUUCCAGAAUAUUUAAAAAGAUUUGCAAUAUAUUAACAAUACAUUUUGUGUAUGUUGUGAAACUCCAUGUCUGUCUGUGUGAACAAACAAACAAACACUUGUUUAACACAUUAACUGUGGAACUACUAUACGUGUCUAAAGUGAAAACCAAGCAUAAUGGAGAAUAAAAUAAUGUGAUAUGAAUGUCCCACUAAAAA